CUUAUUUAAUGUGGGGGGAAUAAUCAUCAAUCUCUUUUGCAAACAAUCCUUAAAAUGGCUGCCCUUCCUUUUUUUUGCCGAGCAGUUCGGCCGGCUUCUCAUUCCCUUAGGCCUCUGUUCGCUUCAACAUUAUCGCCACUGCAAAUUCGUUUGCUAUCAACCGAGAUGAAAGCUGCCAUAGAUAAAGCAGUUGCAUCGGCACCUGUCGUUCUCUUCAUGAAAGGAACUCCGGAGACGCCGCAAUGCGGAUAUUCCAGGGCCAGCAUUCAGAUUCUGGGACUUCAAGGAGUGGACCCAGAUAAAUUUACAGCGUUUAAUGUACUUGAGGAUCUUGAACUAAGGCAGGGGAUUAAAGAAUACUCUGACUGGCCGACCAUUCCUCAGCUUUUUAUCGACAAAGAAUUUAUUGGAGGAUGUGACAUUUUGAUGUCCAUGCAUCAAAAUGGGGACUUAGCGAAGCUGCUCGAAGAGAAAGGAGUUCUGGUUCCCAGAGAAUCGGAAGCUGCGAAAUAGACACUACGUUACUUUUGUCUUGUUAUUGCACGUAAAAAUAAUCCGAAGCUCAAUGGCUGCAGGCUGGCCGCUUUUACCUAUUUGCCCAAUGCCUAAAAGAUCGGCGUCUCUUUAUGUGUUUUCUUAUUCGACAUGUGUGUAUGAUAUAAUGGGCUUCGAUAUCGUCCCUAGGAAUGGAUAUCGAUUUGAUUCAUUGCGUCCGCGCCCGGCCAUCAAACGAAGUUUGAAUGAAUCUCAAACCCCACCUUCGCCUGACCCGAUUGGGAAGGUAAAUUUCUUCCCAGAUGAGAACCUUCGGAGUAGUUACCGUGUUUCAUACUGUGACUUCAUAUCUUUAAGAACACUU